AUGUCAUGCACAGUCACCUCUGUGGCGGCGGCGGCAAGGGCGGCUUCGGAACAGACCUGGGCUUUGGGGGAAGAGCCGCCCAAGGAAGCAGGCACCGGCGGCCAGAGCGGCUGGGAGGACAACAAUGACACAGGCGCAGCGAGCGCCAGAAAAGAAGUGGAGGUCCUCAAAGCCAAGCUCAGCAUGGCGCAGGAUCAGCUGAAGGCGGAGCGCCUGGCGCACGGGCAGAGCGCCAUCAAGGCCUUGAGCGGCGAGGUGGCGGCCCUGUCCCAGGCCUUGGGACGUGAGCGCCAAGAGAGCGAACGUGAGAAGGCUCAUUUGAAAGAGCUCGUUCGGCAGGCCAAGGAGGAUCUUCGGCAAGUAAGCACGGCGCGCCAGGGCGACAGCUCGGGCCUGCUGCCGCAGCUUGAGACGCUCAGGCGCAUGCUCAGCUUCGUGCUCUUGGCCCACGUGGCGCCCGAUGAGCAGCUGGCGCUGCUGGGGGGCGCCACUGCGGUGGGGGGCUGGAACUUGUCGCAGGCAGUGAGCCUGACUCCGUCCGGCCGAAACCGGUGGACGGCGGAGGUGAACGUGUCAGCCCACGGCUUCCGCUACUUCGAGUACAAGUACGUCAAGCUCAAGGAGGACCACACAGAAGAGUGGGAGCACACCAUCUUCAACCGGAACUUGCUCUCUGUGCCUUUCGUAGACUUCACGGUGGACGACGGUGCCUUCGCCAAGCCCUUGCCGCCUCCCCCGAACCAACUGGGCAUGCGGGGCCCCCCUCUGCCGCGGCCGAAAGGCGAAGGCUACCUGCCUCACCAUGGCGCGUAA